UUUCUUACCUACAAACACUUUAAACACUUUAUUAUGCUUGUCUGUAAUACAUUUAUAAGCUUAUGGUACAAUUAUUUUAAAGACAAACCUUAUUUCAUUAAUUUAUUGAUUAAUUUACGGAAAUAUUGUAACUUAAACUAGGAAAGAUACCUUGGGAAAUACGGGAAAGUAAGACUGAUGGCUCCAGUAAUAUCAACACCUUACAUCACAACACUUGGAUGCAUCAUGCAGGACCCACAACACUACUGGAGAGGCAAUAGUUACUUACAGUCACACACAGUAUCAAGAGCGAGCCAAAGAUGAGCUACAGUGUUCACGUGCUGCACAAUGGCUACUCCUACCUUAAGGAUGGUGUCAUGAGGGCGAACUGCACAUGCACACUCAUAAAGGGUCCCAACUUAGUAAUUGUGGAUACCAUGACAGCCUGGGACAAGGAUGUGCUGUUGGAAGGGCUUGCCAAGGAAAACACCUCCUGUGCUGAUGUGAAGUAUGCAGUUGGAACACAUGGCCACUCAGAUCACUUGGGUAACCUAAACUUAUUUACAGCAGCAACACACAUCGUUGGAUACAGUGUUUCCUACAAAGAUGAAUUUUUCAUUCAUCCAUUUGAAACAGGGGAGCCAUACAAGAUUGAUGACUCACUGCAAGUCAUCCCCACCCCAGGCCACACUACUGAAGAUGUAUCAGUGGUGGUGAAGACUGCACAUCAAGGCACUGUAGUAGUAGCAGGUGACCUCUUUGAGCGUGAAGAGGAUAUUUCUGACCCAUCCCUGUGGCGGUACAUAGCUGGAAGUGAAAAUCCAGAUAAACAGCAAAAGUACAGAAAUGAAGUGAUCCUCCUGGCUGACCAUAUUGUGCCUGGCCAUGGCCCAAUGUUUAAAGUGACUGAGGACAUGAAAGAUGUAGCCAGGAGAGACCAGCUUACACAAAAGUGAUAUAGAAGUUGGUCAUUUUUUUGUGUUUUGCUGGCUAGGUUAUCUGAUCAUGAGAGGUUACUGGUUGAUCUGGUAUGUAUCAGUGUGUUAAUGAAGUAUUAUGUGCACAUUUUGAAUUCAUUUGUAAAAUCAUAAAUGAAUUACGUGUUUGAG